GUAGUUUUUUAGGUGAAAAAAAUUGUUGAAAGUGAGCAUGCGCAUAGUGAGAGGCUGGCCCUCUGAAGUUUGAACAAGAGAGAACUGCGGUCCUGGAGCGGCAGUUGCUCACAUUUUUUGUGGAGAUAGUCCUUCUUUGUGGCUCAGCAUGUCAAUAGUAACAGUGCAACUUGGUCAAUGUGGCAAUCAGAUUGGAUUUGAAGUGUUUGAUGCUUUAUUUAGUGACUCAGACUGUUCCCAGGGACUUUGCUCAAAGAGAGAGAAUGAGGCAUACCAAGCAUCUUGCAAAGAAAGAUUCUUCAGUGAGGAGGAAAAUGGAGUUCUAGCUGCCCGGGCUAUACUUGUUGACAUGGAACCUAAAGUUAUCAAUCAAACACUGUCAAAGGCUGCCCAGUCUGGUCGAUGGAAAUAUGCUCGGCAUGCAUGCUUCUGUCAAAAGCAAGGUUCAGGAAACAACUGGGCUUAUGGAUACUCUGUUCAUGGUCCCAAGCAUGAAGAAUCGAUAAUGAACCUAAUUCAGAAGGAAGUGGAGAAAUGUGACUCUCUGAGUGGUUUUUUCAUCAUAAUGAGUAUGGCUGGGGGCACAGGAUCAGGGCUAGGAGCUUUCGUUACCCAAAAUUUACGAGAUCAGUACUCAAACUCUUUGAAAAUGAAUCAGAUUAUAUGGCCUUAUGGAACUGGAGAGGUUAUUGUUCAGAACUACAACUCCAUUUUGACUCUUUCUCACUUGUAUCGAUCUUCAGACGCCCUCCUUGUUCAUGAGAAUGAUGCUGUUCAUAAGAUCUGUGCAAAACUGAUGAAUAUCAAACAAAUUUCCUUUGGCGAUAUGAAUCAAGUCCUUGCACAUCAGCUAGGAAGUGUUUUCCAGCCUACUUACUCUGCAGAAGGCUCAUUUCACUACAGAAGAAAUCCUUUAGGAGACCUAAUGGAGAAUUUAGUUCCCCAUCCUGAAUUCAAAAUGCUGAGUAUUCGAAACAUUCCUCAAAUGUCUGAGAACUCACUGGCAUACAGCACAUUUACUUGGGCUGGCCUCCUCAAGCAUUUGAGACAGAUGCUCAUUUCUAAUGCGAAAAUGGAAGAAGGGAUCGAUUGGCAGAUACGGCCUCCUUCAGGACUUCCUGCUCUUGGUAAAAUACCUCUGAACAAGGAGCUUCAUUUUAACACUUCCAUUGCUAACUUGGUCAUCCUUCGAGGGAAAGAUGUGCAAAGUGCAGAUCUGGGUGGAUUUAAAGAUCCAGCUCUCUAUACUUCUUGGUUAGACCCUGUUAAUGCUUUCAAUGUAUGGAAAACCCAGCGAGCCUUCAGCAAAUAUGAGAAGUCUGCAGCAUUGGUCAGCAAUAGCCAGUUCUUAGUAAAAUCACUUGAUACGAUUGUGGGCAAAGCAUGGAAUAUGUUUGCGUCAAAGGCCUACAUUCAUCAGUACACAAAAUUUGGAAUUGAAGAAGAGGACUUUUUGUACAGCUUCACAUUGUUAGAGCAGGUUGUUGCCAGUUAUUGCAACCUCUGAUUUUGAACAAUGGGAAAAAAGUACCUUAAGGCGCUUUUGGAGUAAAAUAUUUUCAAUAAUGCUUUUUCUGUAAAGUUUUCAAAGUCCUAGCUGUUAAAGGACUUUGCUGUUAAAGUAACAAAGUGGAAUGCUGAUUCUAUUCUGCAUACUAUUCUGUUUAAACUGGAGAUUAGCAUGUUUUCAAUGAAAACAUCUUCUACUUGGUAUUUCAUUUGUAAGAAAAAAAAAAUGGUGCUUCUUUGAAGAACUUUGGAAACACCUUGAUGAGAUUGUUGGAAAUCUGGAACUAUCCAGGCAAAGGGCAUACAUUAUUUUGUCUCUGUCUUCCUAAAUCUUCCCUCUUUACUUGAAAUUCACUAAAUAUGAAAUAAACUUUCACAGUGCAAUUUUAA